AUGGGGUGCAGUCCAAUGAGCAUGCUGAAGUCCAUGGCGUUCGCCAAGGGAGAGGGUAAGCACAGUAACUUCAGUCUUCUUCCUCUUCGGCUCCUACUGAUGACCCACGCGUUGACUUCGCCUGAAAGGAAGGGGGAGGAGAUCAGAGAAGCACCACCAUGAGAGAACGGGAGGCCGAAUGUGCUCGCCGCCGCCGCAGAAGCUCGUCGGCGACUCCACCGUGAGGUCCGUGGUUUACCGCGACGAGAGCCGCCGUCAUUCUUGCGCGGCGGCCGACGACAUCCUUCCCUCGUUCCACGCCAGCGCGGCGGCGGAGCGAGACGUUGCGGCACCGGCGACGGAGUGGCGCCACCAAGCUUACCCGUACGCCGUCUCGCCGGUCCCAUCCGCCGCGUGGGUGGAGCACCGGUACUGCUCCCCGACGGCGGCGGCGCCGCCGGAGAGGAUCGACGGCGCAGCCACGGACGUCGGCGGCCUGACGACCAUAUUCAGCGACGAGAACCCCAACGCCUGCCGUAUCGUCUGA